AUGGGUCCCCUCCCCCUCGACCUCCCCCUACGGGAGCAGGUCGCGGUGUUCGUCCACUCGGCUCUGCUCCUCCUCGUCCUCCUCCUCGCCGUUUUCCGGUGGGCCAUCUUGUGCCUGGUGGGGCGGCGCGCGCCGGCGGUUCACAAGGAGGAGCGAGAGAAUCUGAUUUCAGCCAGUGGCGGAUUGGGAGCCGCCGGCCCCAUCGCUUCUGGUAAACUGUUCAUAUCAUCUGUCUUCUGCUGCUGCUGCUACCUCCUUCUUCUCCAGGUGAUUGUUCUGGUUUGGGAGGCGGCAGGAUUAUCCAGGAGGGAUGCCGAUUCUAGAAAUUAUUCCACUGUUUUCUUGCCGUCGGUCCAGGCAUUGGCCUGGCUGGUCCUCGGUUUGGCGACUCUCCGCUGUAGGUUCAGAUUAGCGGAGAAAUUCCCCUUCACGACGAGGGCAUGGUGGUUCUCCACCUCCCUCCUCUGUCUCUACUCCUUGAUCGUCGAGACCAGAGGCCUCAUUCACCGUUCUCUCGUCUUCAACUCCCACAUGGCGGCCAACUACGCUGCCAUUCCUGCUCUCGCUUUCCUCUGCUUCGUCGCCCUCCGCGGCUCGACGGGCAUCGACCGUCCUUCCGGCGACUCUGACCUCCGGCGGCCCCUGCUGUCCGACGACGACGAAGCCGGUUGCCUCAAGGUCACCCCCUACAGCGAAGCGGGGAUUUCCAGUCUCCUCUCCCUCUCCUGGCUCAAUCCCCUCCUGUCGAUUGGGGCGGAGAGGCCCCUGGAGCUGAAGGACAUCCCUCUUCUGGCGCCCAAAGAUCGCUCCAAGGCCUCCUACAAGCUCCUGAGCCACAACUGGGAGAAAUUGAAGGCGGAAAGCCGUUCGAAGCCGCCCUCCCUGACCUGGGCGCUCUUCCGGUCCUUUUGGAAAGAAGCGGCCAUCAACGCCAUCUUCGCCGGCCUGAACACCCUCGUCUCCUACGUUGGCCCGUUCUUGAUCAGCUACUUCGUCGACUACUUGGGGGGGAACAUCAUCUUUCCCCACGAGGGUUACCUUCUGGCCGGGGUCUUCUUCUCCGCAAAGCUCAUCGAGACGCUGACGACGCGCCAGUGGUACCUUGGAGUGGACAUUCUGGGGAUGCAUGUGAGGUCAGCCCUCACGGCCAUGGUGUAUCAGAAGGGCCUCAGGCUCUCGAGCACGGCCCGCCAGAGCCACACGAGCGGCGAGAUUGUGAACUACAUGGCCGUCGACGUUCAGCGAGUGGGAGACUACUCGUGGUACCUCCACGACAUAUGGAUGCUACCUCUGCAGAUUGUUCUUGCUCUGGCGAUUCUGUACAAGAAUGUGGGGAUCGCCUUCAUUGCAACUCUGAUCGCCACCGUUAUCUCCAUUGUUGUGACCAUCCCUCUGGCGAAGAUGCAAGAGGAGUACCAGGACAAGCUGAUGACAGCCAAGGACGACCGGAUGAGGAAGACCUCCGAGUGCCUGAGGAACAUGAGGAUCCUCAAGCUCCAAGCCUGGGAAGACAGGUACAGGCUGAUGCUGGAGGAGAUGAGGAACGUGGAGUUCAAGUGGCUGAGGAAGGCCCUCUACUCACAGGCCGUGAUAACCUUCAUCUUCUGGGGAUCGCCCAUAUUUGUCUCGGUCAUCACCUUCGGUACUUCCAUCCUCUUGGGCGGUCAGCUAACGGCGGGAGGCGUCCUUUCCGCCCUGGCCACCUUCAGGAUCCUGCAAGAGCCCCUCAGGAACUUUCCCGAUCUGGUCUCCAUGAUAGCCCAGACAAGGGUAUCUGUGGACAGGAUAUCAGGGUUUCUGCUGGAGGAGGAGCUGCAAGAAGACGCUACUGUGUUCGUCCCUCGGGCCUCAACUGACAUGGCGGUGGAAAUCAAAGAUGGGGAAUUUCGCUGGAACCCAUCUUCUUCAAGGCCCACCCUUUCUGGCAUACAGCUGAGGGUGGGGAGGGGAAUGCGGGUCGCCAUCUGUGGCGUGGUUGGAUCGGGGAAGUCGAGUUUCCUGUCCUGUAUUCUUGGAGAGAUACCCAAAAUCUCAGGUGAAGUAAGUAUACUCAACUCUGAACCUGCAGCUAUAUUCUAUAUUUAUAAAUUAUUCGUGCUCUAUUCCUUUUCGCCUCUGACUUCGUCUUCCCUCUUCAGGUCAAAAUCAGUGGCUCUGCAGCUUAUGUCUCUCAGUCAGCUUGGAUACAAUCUGGGAAUAUUGAAGAGAAUAUCCUUUUUGGGAGCCCAAUGGUUAAGCCAAAGUACAAGAACGUCAUCCACGCUUGCUCACUGAAGAAGGACUUGGAGCUGCUCUUGCAUGGAGACCAAACAAUAAUUGGUGACAGGGGUAUUAAUCUAAGUGGCGGCCAGAAACAGAGGGUGCAGCUGGCCAGAGCGCUCUAUCAGGAUGCAGACAUUUAUCUACUGGAUGACCCGUUUAGUGCAGUGGAUGCACACACUGGGAGUGAAUUAUUUAAGGUCAACGCCAUGCCCUGUCAUCUAAUGUCAUCUUAUCUUUGGGGAUUUGUUUCCUAUUGUGGCAAAUCUCAGUACCUCUGUUUUGGGUUCUGCAGGAAUACAUAUUGACGGCGUUGGCCAGUAAAACCGUGAUUUUUGUGACGCAUCAAGUUGAAUUCUUGCCGUCUGCAGACCUGAUACUUGUACGUGGCUCCUCUAUUUGACCGUUCUAUACCUUUCCGAUUUUGAGAGACCUAACAAUUAACGUGUGCAUUAGUUCACACGCUGUUCAGCUCUUUCUGUCUUUAGCAGUCUCCUUGAUAAAAUUCUCUUCAUUGAAAGAGAAAGAUGUCCUGAGUUGAUAUAAUGAUGUGAGUGGCCUCCUAGUUUAUGGAAAUGGUAAACCAGGAACUAGGGGAAGCACGGAUAGCCCAUUAACUUUUGGCAGGAUAUUGGAGAGGUAAAGUCGGCUAUUCACAUCUGAAUAUAUAUACGGGUUCUUUAAGCUCUGUACUAUGGAGAGAUCAAAGGGAUAAAGUCAAGAAAAUGUAGACUAUGUGCUCUGCAUCGUUAGGGAUUUAUAGUGAUCCGUCCAACCAUUUCGAUUCGAUUAUAGAGUGAGGGUAGCAAUGUCAGGUUUGGGUAAUUAUAUUAAGAUGUCCCCUCUUGUUUUAUUCUGUGUAUUCUUUUUUGCGCUGUGAUAUAUUUCUUUGCCUUAGGUGAGAGGAAUAAUGACGGCUAAAAUGAGUAUAUUUAAGCUUUUUUAGUAAAAUAGUUCUAUCUUCUUCCAGCAAUCUGAGGGAUGGGAUCUUUGCUUAAAAGGGUUUAUAUACCUGGAUAAUUAUAGCUUUUUCUUCUGAUAUACAUUGGUGAACACUGGAACAUGGAGGUGCCCAUUCAUUGGGAAUCAGAGGACCUGAAGCUUUUGGCAAGGGCACCUUUUGAAUGUUCCCGAGGUCUUUUGGUCUGAAAUAACCUUCUUUGCCUUUCACUUGGGUGCAGGUCCUCAAAGAUGGCCAUGUAAUACAGGCCGGAAAAUAUGAAGAUCUUUUACAGGCUGGGACUGAUUUCAAUGCUCUGGUUUCAGCCCAUCAUGAAGCUAUCGAGGCCAUGGACAUACACGAGAGCUCACUCGAAGAUUCAGUGGGGGCUGCUCCGGAGAGCUCUUUCCCCUCGAGGAAAAGAUUGGAGUCCAACAUCAGUAGCCUCGACAGCAUGAACAGGGAAACCCGAGAAAAUGGUUCUUCAUCUGAGAAGAAGGUGAUAAAGGAGAAGAAGAAGGCCAAAAGCUCUCGUAAGAAGCAACUUGUUCAAGAAGAAGAGCGGGAGAGGGGAAAAAUUAGCUUGACAGUGUAUCUGUCCUACAUGGCUGCUGCGUAUAAGGGGGCUUUGAUACCGUUGAUUGUCCUUGCCCAGACGAUGUUUCAGGUACUUCAAAUAGCAAGCAAUUGGUGGAUGGCCUGGGCGAAUCCACAGACCUCUGGUGACUCGCCAAAGACCAGUAGUAUGGUUCUUCUUCUUGUUUACAUGAUCCUGGCAUUCGGGAGCUCGUGCUUUGUGUUCAUUCGAGCAGUCCUGGUCGCUACUUUCGGCUUGGCAGCCGCACAGAAGUUGUUCUUGAAGAUGCUGAGGAGCAUCUUCCGAGCUCCCAUGUCUUUCUUCGAUUCUACUCCAUCUGGGCGGAUACUAAAUCGGGUGAGCUACGCUUUUGACACAGUAUGAAUAUCCUGACCAUUUACAGCAUGAGAUCAAAUAAUAGGAAGCUUAUUAUCGUUUCCUGUGUCAUGUCUAUAAUCAGGUGUCUGUGGAUCAGAGUGUUGUGGAUCUCGAUAUUCCUUUCAGACUUGGUGGGUUUGCUUCAACAACCAUUCAACUUCUUGGCAUAGUUGGUGUGAUGUCGAAGGUCACAUGGCAAGUCCUGCUCCUGUUCUUCCCCAUGGCUAUUGCUUGCUGGUGGAUGCAGGUAAUAAACCGCAUCGCUCACUGGCUGUGGAGUCAUUUUUUGUCAUCUAAGCUUUUAAUAAAUUGCUUAAGUGCAUGCUUCGUAGAAGCGCCACUGAACUCCCCAGAAUCAUCCAACGCCAUUUUGUUAUAUUAUUUUGCUCCUCUUUCAUGACCUUGCAUAUAUUUGAAUCAAUCUGCGAAUAAUUUCUGAUACCUAGAUUUGAAAAAAUAUCUGAAGCAACAGUCGACCGUGAUCUGCUAACCUAUGGUGGAUGAUGUCAAGAAUAGUCGUUGAGAAGUGUUCAGCGACCAAUCGUCAGGUCGAGAUGACUUGAUGAAGUAUCUUGUUUAGUUGAUUCGGUUCUAGCAAUGGUUGAAAUAGUGGGUUCAAGAUUAUGAGAGACUUAUGGAGAAGCAAAGAUUAGGUGUUUGGUCUGAAGACCGAAGCUCCCUUUUGCAUGAUGUUUUUCUCUUCUUUUUUUUUACUUUUAUAUUUUUUGUAUUUGUUAUUACCUUUUUUUGCCACUUGCUCAUUUAAUAUAUAUACUAUUUCUAUACCAUUGAAUUGAAUUUGCUCAUUAUCGAGUAGUCUCGGUGAUGGAAUUUGAGAAUGCUUUAUGAGGAAAUUAUUCAUUUUCUAUGCUUUGUGCAGAAGUACUACAUGGCUUCAUCGAGGGAGCUUGUGCGCAUUGUCAGCAUCCAGAAAUCCCCCAUCAUUCACCUGUUUGGAGAGUCCAUUGCGGGAGCAGCUACCAUCAGAGGCUUUGGCCAGGAGAAGCGGUUCAUGAAGAGGAACCUCUAUCUGCUCGACUGCUUUGCCCGCCCCUUCUUCUGCAGCCUCGCCGCCAUUGAGUGGCUCUGCCUCCGCAUGGAGCUGCUCUCAACCGUUGUGUUCGCCUUCUGCAUGGCCAUCCUGGUUAGCUUCCCCCACGGAAGCAUUGAUCCAAGUAGGUACUGCAUGACCUUCUUGUUCAUCCGGUUUAGUCACAUUUCUAAUCUUGUUUUUAAUGUUAUUUCUGCUCUGGGAAGUUCGGGUCAAUGUUUCAAACAUGAUUGACUGAUGUAUUUGAGUGAGAGUAUUAGAAAAUAGUGCAUGGUUUCUUGAUUCGUAAACAUGGCUUUAGAGAGAGAAGGGGGGAAGCUAUUCUACUGGUCUACUCGAUUUAAUUCCUUUUUUUUUUUCGAACAGCCCGAUUCUGUAAUGAAAAUAAUGAUUGUACCCUGAUGCUCAAAAUUUCUCUUCACUGAGAUCAGGCAUCGAAGGCGUGGGCCUUUCCCGCUCAUUGGCCCUUGAUUUCCAGUGGGUCUACUCGACUUUUCUUCCCUUUUUUUUUAAAUCAGAAAUGACCCAUUCUUCUUUAAUGGUAGUGAUGAUUGUACCCUGGUGCUCAGAUUUCUCUCUUUAAUGGCCGAAUUCUCUCCUUGAAUGGCAGGCAUGGCGGGCCUUGCUGUAACCUAUGGCCUAAACUUGAAUGCACGGCUAUCGAGGUGGAUACUGAGCUUCUGCAAGCUCGAGAACAAGAUCAUUUCAAUUGAGCGCAUCCAUCAAUACUGCCAGAUACCUGGGGAAGCUCCUACAGUCAUUGAGGGCACUCGGCCCCCACUGCCUUGGCCCCAGAAUGGAAAGAUUGAGCUGAUUAAUCUGAAGGCGAGUCGUCCCCUUCAUCCCCUCUUCUUCUGUUCAUAGUGAAUAGAAAUAGACAUGUUUGUAAGCUUUCAUUCAUGCUGAGGUGGGUGUCUUUUUCCCUGAAUGGCACCGCCGCAGGUACGCUACAAGGAGAGCCUGCCCUUUGUCCUUCACGGCGUAACCUGUACAUUCCCCGGGGGGAAGAAGAUCGGAAUCGUGGGUCGCACGGGCAGCGGCAAAUCCACUCUGAUCCAGGCUCUGUUCCGUCUGAUCGAGCCCUCGGAGGGGAAGAUCGUGAUAGACGGCGUGGAUGUCUCCACCAUCGGUCUCCACGACCUCCGCGGGCAUCUCAGCAUCAUCCCCCAAGACCCCACCUUGUUCGAAGGCACCAUUAGAGGAAACCUGGACCCGCUUGAGGAGCACUCUGAUGGAGAAAUCUGGCAGGUAGAUUACUCCGGUCAAUCUCCGAAUCCCCUUCCUUCACUUCUGAUCACCGGUUCUGAGAAAAGUUGUUCUGGGCUCUCUCCAGGCGCUCGACAAAUGCCAGCUGGGAGAGGUGAUCCGUGAGAAAGAUCAGAAGCUCAACGCUCCCGGUAAUGAUCUGUUCCAGCAUGUGGAAUAUAGAAUUCAUUUCCUCUUCUGGGUAGUAAAAAUCCGAGCCUGUUCUUCCCAAAGCUGCUGUUUUUCUCACCGUUCUUAUCUUGGGGGGUCUGCCCCCAUGCCGCAGUGUUGGAGAACGGAGAUAACUGGAGCGUGGGGCAGAGGCAGCUCGUCUCCCUGGGGAGGGCGUUGCUGAAACAGGCGCGGAUCCUGGUGCUGGACGAGGCGACGGCGUCGGUCGACACUGCCACGGACAACCUCAUUCAGAAGAUCAUCCGGACGGAGUUCAGGGACUGCACCGUCUGCACCAUCGCCCACCGCAUCCCAACAGUCAUAGACAGCGAUCUGGUGCUCGUUCUCAGUGACGGUGAGCUCGGCCAGCGGCUGUGUUUGUGUCAGAAAGCUUACCCAGAUCUCACCCAUUUGAAAUGACUCCGGAAUCGCCGCUUUUCGCAGGGAGGAUAGCGGAGUUCGACAGCCCGCUGCGGCUGCUGGAGGACAAGUCCUCCAUGUUCCUGAAGCUCGUUGCGGAGUACUCCACGAGGUCGAGUAGCCUGCCGGACGCUUGA